AUGGCACUUUCCCCUUCUGCUGCGUCCCCGCUGGUCGGGUCUCAGCGCAAUCCAUAUGGCAACCGAUCACCAUCACCUCAGCAACCACUUUCAAAGAAGGACAAGAAGCGCAACCAGUACAUGGCUCUCAGCGAAGAGAUGCGCGCCAACUUCACAAGAGACCGAGAUGUGCAGUACCGCGAACAGCUCAUUACUCUACAAAAAGAUCUCAACCUCAUCACACACGCCGAUGUAAAUCAGCCAGAACCGCUCGACGACGAUCCAGAAGUGAUCGCACAAAACGCAAAGAACAAUCCAUACGCAUCCGAACUGUCUGCGCUCGCGGGUAGAUGGUAUCCUGCCUUCGUACAAGAGGUCAACAUGACCAAGGAAGCGAAAGAGCUGAAUAUCAUCAAUAUCAAUAACAAUCAUGACAAGAAGCUGAAAAUGCUUGAAGACGAGCUUGCCUACAAGAUGCAGCUCGCCGAAACCGAAUACAAUCACAUGAUCAACACCCUCCGAGAACGACUCACGCAGCAGCUGAACUCGAGGAGACAACGCUUAAUUAAGGAUAAAGAGCAGCUCGAUAUCGCUGACACGAAUGCUUUACUGCUGCAUCCCAGCCAGUUCACCAUCACCAACCCGGCGAGUCCUGCCGGUCAGACAAGUCGCAAGACAAGAACAACCAGAAGAGGUGAUCAUGACCUGAACGGUCUGGGCGAGUCUUCGAACAAGAGAAAGAGGAAAUUCGUCGAGGAAGAUGUCGGCUCUCCGGUCAGAAAUGGCACCAGUACUCCAGCUGGUCGAGGAGGUCGUCCUGGCGAUACUCUGGCACAGCAGCAACAUCCUGUGUACAGUAUUGAAUCUCUCUUCACAGAGAAAGAACUCAACUUCCAAUCACACCAGGCACAAAUAGCCACCCGCCAUUUCUUCUCGACAUCACAGAAAGAAAUCGAUGCCAGCAAGCAAGGGAAGCGGAGAAAGGGCGAUGAUGGCGACGCAAUCCCAGCCGAUACUGAUAGCUCAGUCGAAAACGAUGACGAGCCCGGUUCGACCGGCAUGGAGCGAACAGCUAGCCAAAAUGUGCAUGUCACUCGGUCGACGCGCACAAACGGCGGCAUGAGUGGGCUGGCAAUCCUCAGUGAGAUGGCUGACAAGACCGCCACACGACCUGCUCUUCCUUACGCAACUUUGCAUUCUCAUCAAGCAAAGAAUGGCACGUUCUUACCCAAUGCAAGCCGGCUCGGUGAUCAUGAGAUCGAAGAAGACCUCCAGAAGCUCAUCGACAUUCAAAGUCGCGAAGGAGAUGCUUUGGACGAGGAAUUGGCGAGAGAAGCAACCGCUCCAACUACGGUGUCACGCAGUCUGAUGGCGCCUGACUUUCCGGUCUGGCUUGAUGUGCAUUUACGAGAGGUUGAUCCACGCACAUAG